UCACGGGCUUUAUCCCAAAAUAGAUAAGUGUCCACAAAGUCCAAACCCACCCCUCUCCCACAAUUAAAAAAUGAAUAUUUUAGUGGCUGUUAUAAUUCAAAUAUGACCCUUUGACAACUAAAUUAAAAACCAUGGUUCCUUCCACCAAUUCCCAACCUUCCUCCAUACUCCAUAAUUUUCACCUCAAAUUUUCAGUUAAUGGAACUGCAAUUAGUUGAAAACGCUUUCGAUUAUAUCCGUAAAAGAAAGAAAUGGACCUUAAUCUUAAUUGGUAUUGGGUUUAGCAGUUACGUUAGUUACCGUGCUUAUCACGCACCAUUCAUAGCUCGAAAGAGAAACAAAAUUUCAAAGCUUCUGAAUACAAUGGUUUCUGUAGCAGAAGCUGUUUCAGAAUCUGCAGAUACAAUUGGUAUUGUCACAAAAGAUGUCAAGAAUUUUCUGCAAUCUGAUUCUGAUCACGUUCCUAAUAGUUUGAAUCAAAUUGCAAAAUUAUCGCGAUCGAAACAGUUUUCGGAUUCUUUGGUUAGUGUGACACGUGCUGUGACUGUUGGAGUUGUGAAUGGUUAUCAAUCCAUGAAUCGGGUUGAUGAAAAUCAAUCCGGUUCAAAUGUUGCAGACCAGGUGUUUGAUAAAUUGUUUACACCGGCUGGUUCGGGGUUUGCUUCUGUUGUUGUUGGAAGUUUUGCUAGGAAUAUUGUUCUUGGGUUUUAUUCAGAUGCUGGUGUGAAAUUUAGUGGAGGGUCGGAUUCGAGUAGUGGAGAAUCGGGUUGUUCUGAUUCGAAUGCUCCUGGUGUUCCGAAAUGGGUAGAUGUUGUUUGUAGUGAUAAGUGUGGGGAGCUGAUUGGGAAUUUUGUUCAAUUGUUUGUUAGUACGUUGGUUGCGGUUUAUCUUGACAAGACAAUGCAUAUCAAUACUUAUGAUGAAUUCUUUUCAGGAUUGACUAAUCCGAAACAUGAGACUAGGGUUAGAGAAAUGUUGGUUGAUGUUUGUAAUGGUGCUAUAGAGAGUCUUGUUAAAACGUCUCACGAGGUGUUUAAUACCUCGAACCCGAAUGACAGUUCAGGUUCAGGUUCUUAUUUCGAUGCUGGAGAAACUCUAAGUUCUGUAGAGACAUCGUGUGUUGAAUCAGAAAGGGAUGUUUGUGAUGAAGAGGAUAAAGGUGGUUGGGUUAGCAAGGUUUCAUCCACAUUGGCCAUUCCUAGUAAUAGGAGACUUGUUCUUGAUGUGACUGGGAGGGUUACAUUUGAGACGGUUAGAUCUUUCAUGGAGUUUAUUUUGCAAACGUUGUGUGGUUCUGUGAGAAGAUGUGCUCAUAAUGUUCACAAGGAAGUGGUUGAGAUUAUGAGAUAUGCUGCAGCUAAAUUCUCUGUUAUUGUUGCAAUAUGUCUCGUGUUGUGCCUGCACAUAAUGGAUUGCAAUUGGGCUUUGGUGCCUGCUUAAGUGGUGGUUACUAGUUUCAUUCGCCAUGUAGAUAAUGAGGUGAUUUGAACUAGGAAAGUUUUAUUCUGCUGCUUCAGUGCUGUAUUAUGAUAUAUAUCUUUAUAUCAUGCAUGGAUUCAUUUUGUAAAUGAUUUAGAAAACCUUUAUAUAGUAAAAGAUUUACAUUGACCAUAUACAUGAUAUGAUAAUUCCUACUGUUCUGUUUUCUCUUGCUUUGUAUCACACAUGCAUGGGACAGCCACUUUCCGAAACUCCCUCAUAGAAAACCUCAAAUUCAACAUCUAGGAGUCUUCUUUGUUUGGUAUGUAAUGAAUACACUAACUCUUGAAUUGGUA